GCUGUUACUCUCCGGAAAUCAAACGCUCGGCGUCUUCACGUGUGGCCACGAUUCUUCGAAAUUCGUCGUAUUUAGUUUCUCAACUUAUCAACUCUCUCGAACAAGUGUUUAUUUUCACACUAGAAACUCGUAGUGAUGUUUUAAUGGCUGACACGAUAACUACAGAGAAUGAAGGAGAUGAUUUGCAGUCACAAAUGGAGGAGGUGGAGGCCCUGUCGUCCAUCUACGGUGACGAAUGGUGUGUCAUCGACGAGGCGUCCAGAAUAUUUUGCAUCAAAAUAUCAAAUGACAUGGCAGAGAACAAACUGACAGCUUGUUUGCAGAUUAUUCUCCCGCCUGAUUAUCCCAGCUCUGCCCCGCCAAUCUACCAGAUCAAUGCGGCGUGGCUGCGGGGCGCUGAGAGGGUUCGACUAGCCAACAGCCUGGAAGACCUCUAUGUCCAGCAUGCAGGGGAGAGCAUACUCUACAUGUGGGUAGAAAAAAUCCGAGAAUUCCUGCUCGAGAAAGCUCAAGACUCUGAAACAGUGGAGCAGUCAAAGCAGGUGACCCUCACCGCGGAGGAAGACGUGGAAGACGAAGACGUGCCAGACUUGACGAGUCUCACGUUGAGUGCAGAGGAUGCGCAACGUUUCCUGGAACACGCAAACGAUGAAGAGGCGCCGCCGAUCAAACACGGCGACUGCAUCACAGACCGCCGCAGCACCUUCCAGCCUCACCUGGCGCCCGUGGUGAUGCCAAGACAGGUCAAAGCUGCGCUGGAGCGGCUGUAUGACAACAAAAAGAUCGCCAGCGCCACUCACAACAUCUACGCGUAUAGGAUCUACUGUGAGAAUAAGAACAGCUUCCUGCAGGACUGCGAAGAUGAUGGUGAGACAGCGGCAGGUGGCAGGUUGCUCCAUUUGCUGCAGAUUCUGGACGUACGCAACGUGCUAGUAGUGGUGUCCCGGUGGUACGGAGGGAUUCUGCUAGGUCCGGACCGUUUCAAGCACAUCAACAACUGCGCUCGAAGUAUCCUGCUGCAAGAGGGCUACGCCGCCUCAUCGGAUGAUGUCACCAAAUCAGCAGGGAAGGCAAAGCGGCUAAAAGGCAAGAAGACAAAAUGAUUGUGGCGGAAAAGACUUUUAAUCUAUUAUGUUCCAACCUUUGUUGGAAAGCAUUUUAGUAAGUAUUAAAAGGCAACAUUUUGCUUUCAGCGUUUCUUUUCGAACACGCAAUUUGUGUUGAUGACUAGUGCAGAUAUCGUUUUUUUUUAAUCACAAAAACAUUUGAACAGAGAGUUUUUCUCAGAGUGAUGCGACACCUUUUCCAAAACAUGUAAAACUGUCAAUGCCGGAAUAAGCGUCAUCGCGGCGAUCUUUUUGUUCCAAACCCAAAUGAGAUUGACGCGCAUUUAUUCCGAUGAAUCAGAACCCAAGUUGACUGAGUGAAGUUUGUUCAUGUCCGUGCUUGCUCGUGUCAUCGGCAAGUGUUUUGCAUGCGGCGUGGGGUCUCGCUGUGGAGGGGCUCCCUCACCUCUGAUGGGAUGUCACUUCCUCACCAGGAGGGGGGGAGACAUCAUCUGAAUUUUAAAAACGCUCCCUUGCUGGCUUCAGGCGGAUUCCGACAGCUUCCUAUAAAUAUCCGGGGGUUCAUCUUACGGCGCUCUCGGCACGCGUCGCCCUCACGAGUCCUUUUUAAAAUGUUGAUACAAAUUCAGCGUUUAGUCGUUUUGCACUGAGGGAGCGGGAGGGGGGCUUUUUAAGGAUGGCGUGUUCAUUUUGACGUGCGAAGUUCCUGCGAGAAUAAUUACAAGGAGCUGCAAGUACGCCCCCACAAGCUUAUCAUUAUCAUCAUCAUCAUCAUCAUCGUGUCAGUUUAGAUUUGCUCCACAAGCUUGAAAAGAACCAAUACACGCAACCGACAACACAUAGCCAACCAUUCGUUACAUUCGGAGGAACACCAUUUUUUAAAUCGGAUGCAAGUAUUUGAGAUGAUGCUGAAUUGACAAGCUUUACUGAUUUAAUAGAAAAAAAUUAUGGCUGUCUGAUAACACUUUUGUUUUGCACCGAUACCACUACAUUUGAAAACAACGACAGAUCAUUUUAAAGAAAGACUGAUAGUAUAUCCAAAUAUCGUAUUUUUAUGUCAAUACUUUGAAAUAACGGCGGUACCGAUACCCGGGGUCGGUACUCGGCCAUCACUCAUAAAAAUGGCGAAUGUAGAGAAUGCUUUUAAAAUCAACAAUGCUUGGGAGGGCCAAGACUUUUGUAAAAGUCCGAUCCAUCUCCCAUAGCGGUAAUCUUGAGCGAUUGUCGGCAUUGCGGAUGAGCAUCACAGAACUUUGCCUCUAGUUUGACUUUUAUUUCACGGGCGGCUGCGAUAAUCCCAGAAUAUGAUCCCCCUUGAGCUUGACUUCUUAUCCUCCUGAGGGGAACACCUUGAGCUGAGCGGAGCCAACAUGGGAUCCGCUUGACGGGAAUUACAUACCUUUGUAGGCGGAUCACGGUGGGAGCUGAUGUUUUAAAUUUCUACUUCAAUUAUGCUGGAAAACUCCGAAGCUGAAGAAUAUAUAUGCCUAUGAUUAUGGAUCCAGUUUACAUUUAAAACACACAUGCAAUACAUUUUGUUUUUGAAAUUUCAAUUACGGUUCUUUUUGGCUCGCAAAAAUGUUGACAUUUGAAGGCGUGCUUAAAAUAUGCACGGUAUUAUAAACAAUAAAUAAAUAAAGUUGCACGAAGUAAAAAUUCAAGGCAGGAAACUUUGAUAACCUUUUUGUGAAAAAUAGUUUUUCCUGCGUAACUUGAAUAACUUCAAAGUGACAGCAACAACAAGAAGUUAUUCAGUCCUAAAUAUGCGUUUAAACUAAUAACAAAGAUAACCACCGGCUACACACUCUUGCACGCGUAGCUUUCAUUGAUUAAAUUUCAAAGUGGAUUUGCAUAUUUUACACAACCGUUGUCUAUGCAGGGCGUCUUUGACAAUUCGCUAUUAGGCUUUGAGAACUCGGGCGGGGCUCCAAUUCGGAUACUCCAAUUUAGACAUAAA